AUGUUUUCUCUUCCACUUGAAGUUCAGCUUGAUAUAUUGAAAUGUCUUGAUUUCAACCAAUUAUUUUCUGUUAAACAAACAAAUUUUUACCUUUUCAAUUUAAUUAAUGAAUAUGAGGGGGAAUUGGCACGAAAGAAAUUUAAUAUUCUCUGUCUAUGGAAGACAGCGAUAGAUAAAUCAAUUCCGUUGGUUUUAGAUAAAUUAGGAUCUGAAAGCGACUUUCUUGUUUAUAUUGAGAAAACACCUCACUAUUUAUUUAACAAGGAAAAAAACUAUUUUCUAAAAUUGCCAAACAUUCCAAAAAAUAUUGAAGAAAUGAUUAUUGUUCGAUGUUGUUAG